UUUGACUGUGGCUAGCUUAUGUGCAUGAUUUUUUUUUCUUUAUUACAUUUUCCUUUAUUAAAAUAAAGUGGGGGCAAGCUACAAAGUACUUAUGCUGCUGGGGGUUUCUUAUGCAUUUAAGUAGCAAUUCUGAGCAUGAUUGAAAUAGAUCUGGAUUGUUUAUGGGGGGAUAACUUUUCUAAGUUAUUUUUAUUUCCAGGUUUCAAUGUAUUUAGGCUACUGAGCGGAUCAGCUGUAGCCCUGGUAAUAGCCCCUACUGUAUUACUGACAAUGCUUUCUUCUGCUGAACGAGGAUGCCCAAAGGGCUGUAGGUGCGAAGGCAAAAUGGUAUAUUGCGAGUCCCAGAAAUUACAGGAGAUACCCUCAAGUAUAUCAGCUGGUUGUUUAGGUUUGUCCCUCCGAUACAACAGCCUCCAGAAACUAAAAUACAAUCAGUUUAAAGGUCUUAAUCAACUCACCUGGCUCUAUCUAGACCAUAACCACAUCAGCAAUAUUGAUGAAAAUGCUUUCAAUGGAAUACGCAGGCUAAAAGAGUUGAUUUUAAGUUCCAACAGAAUUGCCUAUUUUCUUAAUAACACCUUCAGACCAGUAACAAAUCUCCGGAACUUGGAUCUGUCAUAUAAUCAGCUGCAGUCUCUGGGAGCUGAACAAUUCAGGGGCUUAAGGAAGCUGCUGAGUUUACAUUUGCGGUCCAAUUCCCUGAGAACAAUCCCUGUCCGAAUUUUCCAGGACUGUAGGAACCUCGAACUCUUAGACCUGGGCUACAACAGAAUCCGAAGCUUAGCAAGGAAUGUCUUUGCAGGCAUGAUCAGGCUGAAAGAGCUUCACCUGGAGCACAAUCAAUUUUCUAAGCUUAACUUGGCUCUUUUUCCAAGGCUUGUCAGCCUCCAGAACCUUUAUUUACAGUGGAAUAAAAUCAGUGUUAUAGGACAAACGAUGUCCUGGACCUGGAGCUCAUUACAAAGGCUUGAUUUAUCUGGCAAUGAAAUAGAAGCUUUCAGUGGACCUAGUGUUUUCCAGUGUGUGCCCAAUUUACAGCGUCUCAACCUGGAUUCCAACAAGCUCACGUUUAUUGGUCAAGAGAUUUUGGAUUCUUGGAUAUCUCUCAAUGACAUCAGCCUUGCUGGGAAUAUAUGGGAAUGCAGCAGGAACAUUUGCUCCCUGGUAAACUGGCUAAAAAGUUUUAAAGGGCUGAGGGAAAAUACAAUUAUUUGUGCCAGCCCCAAAGAGCUGCAAGGGGUGAACGUUAUUGAUGCAGUGAAAAAUUACAGCAUAUGUGGCAAAAGUACUACAGAGAGGUUUGAAUUGCCACAGGCUUUCCCAAAGCCAACCUUUAAACCCAAAGUCAUCAGGCCUAAGCAUGACAGCAAGCCCCCCCUGCCCCCCACCGUCGGGUCCACAGAAGCCAGCUCAGAGCCUGAGCACGACACAGAACACAUCUCUUUCCACAAAAUCAUAGCAGGGAGUGUGGCCCUUUUCUUGUCUGUGCUUGUGAUCCUGCUGGUAAUCUAUGUGUCGUGGAAGCGGUACCCUGCCAGCAUGAAGCAGCUGCAGCAGCGCUCUCUCAUGCGAAGGCACAGGAAGAAGAAACGACAGUCGCUGAAGCAGAUGACUCCAACCACACAGGAAUUUUAUGUCGAUUAUAAGCCAACUAACACCGAGACCAGCGAGAUGCUGCUGAACGGGACGGGACCCUGCACAUAUAGCAAAGCAGGCUCCAGGGAAUGUGAGAUACCUUUAUCUAUGAACGUGUCAACAUUUCUUGCAUAUGACCAGCCUACAAUAAGUUACUGUGGUGUACACCAUGAACUUCUUGCUCAUAAGCCCUAUGAAUCUAAUGCACAGGAAGAAACAAUGGAAACACACUUAGAGACCGAUUUGGAUCUGAGCACAAUCACAACGGUAGCACGAAAUCAGUGAUACAUUCAAUGGCCUGAAAUACAGCCAAGGGUUGCCACCAUAUU